CAACCUCAAAAACUCUUGUUUUCCAUUUCCAUUCUCUCAAAAUCCAUAGAAAGCUCCACUUUCUUAAUCACUGACUCUGUUUCUGUUUACUUGUUUGUUUGUCUAUUCUGAUUUCUGACUCAAAGAAGAGAAGUAAUGACAAGUGUGGUGGUGGAUGCAGAGAGAGACAAGUAUAGCAUGAUAAACUUUGAGGAAACUGAGCUGCGACUAGGGAUUCCCGGCGCCGGUGAGUCUGGUAUCAAGAUCGGUGGUGGUAGUGGUGGGAAGAGAGGCUUCUCAGAGACUGAUGCUAAUGUGGAUUUGAAGCUUAAUCUUUCUUCUGAUUUGGGCUCUGCCUCUUCCUCUGUUUCUUCAACUCUGCCUCCAAACAAAGGCAAGGAGAAAACAGCUGCAACAACACAAGCUAAUGACCCGGCAAAACCACCUGCCAAGGCACAAGUUGUGGGUUGGCCACCAGUUCGAUCCUUCAGGAAGAACAUCGUGAAUGUCCAAAAGAGCAACAACAACGAAGGCGCAGAGAAAAAGGUCACCACCACCACCGCCACAACCACCGCAGGCAACAGCGCAGCAGCAGCAGCAUUUGUGAAGGUGAGCAUGGACGGUGCACCAUAUCUACGUAAGGUGGAUCUCAAACUGUACAAAAGCUACCAAGAACUGUCAGAUGCGCUGGGUAAAAUGUUCAGUUCCUUCACCACCAUUAAUGGAAGUUGUGGGUCUCAAGGCAUGAUGAAGGACUUCAUGAAUGAGAGCAAAUUGAUAGACCUUUUGAACGGCUCUGAUUAUGUGCCCACUUAUCAAGACAAGGAUGGUGACUGGAUGCUCCUCGGUGAUGUGCCCUGGGAAAUGUUCGUAGAAUCUUGCAAGCGUCUCCGCAUAAUGAAAGGUUCUGAAGCAAUUGGGCUAGCGCCCAAGGGCAGUGGAAAAGUGCAAGAGUAGAAGCUGAAUUGAUAGUGUUGAUCCUCUGCGUCCCAAGGAAGCAAAUUGGUUCGAGCAAGCAAUAUAGGAGGAAUAAGAUCGAGUUUUAAUUUACAUUGUUAUUGUUAUUAAUUAUUAUUAUGUGUCUGUGCCAUCUUUUUCUUUUUUGUAAAAUUUAAUUUCGUAUAUGUGUAUUAUAUGCAUGAGAAAAUAGUUGGAAAUUCCUUAGGGAGGACAAUGUAGAAAAUGUUUAUAUAUGACCCCGUUUUUGUUUCCAAGGAAAAACAUGUGACCUUGUCCAGUGCCUCCAUACUUGACCAAUAAUAAUAAAUGUCAAUGUUUUCCAGUUAGAA